UCUAAACCUACUGUUCUUAGUGGUCGCACUCAUGUUAGGUAGGGACGAUUAUAAGCAAGAAGAAGAAACUUCUACUAGCACACUCAAAUUAUUAUUGCUACGUACUUAGUUGCAUCACUCCCGAUCGGGAGUCCCGAAAACAAAAACUUAUAACUACAACCACAACAUUCGCAUAGAUAUUUUUGAUAUACUGGCACAAGAGAAUUAAUAUUACAAAAACUACACAUAUUAGCACAACAAGAGAAUUAAUAUUACAAAAACUACACUAUAUUAUUGCUACGUAUACAGUUGCACAAGAGGCCAAAAAAAAAAUGGGACGUCGUGGAGGUGGUCGUCACAAGGAUGGUCGUUACAACAACAUGCAUCCUCAGAGGGAUCAGCAGAGGGGUCGUCAACAUAGUCCUCGUCAAAGGAGUCAACGGACGAGCAGUCAACAACCUCAACAAGAACGUCAAGCACAGCCUUUCUCGCUACGGAAACACCAGAACAGCGAAUCGAAGAAGAGCCGAUCAGAGCGCAGGGAGAAAAGGAACGUGAGGAAAAACGAGAAGAAAUCUGACGAACUGAAACGUCUCCGACUUUCCGAAACACGGAGACAGCUAUACUCACUGCGAGAAGAAACACUCAGGCAAGCGAUGAUAACGGCGAAUACCAGUAAUGCUGGAGCAGGGAAUGGAGUUGUACUUCAUCUUCCAAGACAAGGAGGACCUGGUAGUUGUACUUCAUCUUCCAAGACGACCAGCACGAAGACGACCAGCACGACGUCAUCUCUUCCAUCAGCAUCGUCUUCUCCAUCAGCAUCCUCAGCAACAUCCUCACCCGACGUCGUCCAACCCUUACCAGAAGAAGUGUUUGAUCUUCGCUUGACGAGGGAGGAUUUUUUAUCCGAUAGUUCAAGGCUGAAGAAGAUAGGCGAUGCGACGCCUACCCUGCGUCCGUUUUUACAAAGUCUCAGGCAAAAAUGCGCUGAUUACGCUGCGGAGAAUAAACGUACUCUAAUACUAAGCCUUCUAUUGUUUUGUCUUUUGAAGUGGAGAUUCAGAUUCAUGCAUCAGAAUCAGGACGAAAUAUAUAUUUCGAUGAUUUUUUCGAUCGUACGGGAUGAACUUGAACAUGCAUGCAAAAUGGAAAAACGUUGAUCUACUUUCUUAAAUAUAAGUAGUACCUUUUUUACUCCUACUCGUGGACACGAUUCAACAUCUCUUCAGGUGACGCCCAGACACAGGCAGCCAUAUUCGCCCUACGAUGCAAGGAUGGAAAGUAUCUGUGGAUCCGAACGCAUCUGAUCUAACAAAUUCUCCUAGAAGUUGUACCUUGAUGCAAUUGAAAGAGAAAAUACAAAUAGUAGUUCCAGCAUCUGUAUGGUACUGCUGAGGAGGAUAUAUAAGUAGUACUCAGGUGAAGGAGACGAGGAAUUCGAAUUUCAAUGACGACCAUACUGCCUUGACGUCUUCGAGUACUUCAACAAAUAAUGAGUGUUCUUCUUCAC